UGCGCCCAUGUCCACAACAUUGACCGUGAAAUGUGGCUGACUUAAUUACACUGUUCUGCAAUGUAAAUGCUAGGUAAACAGUGUUACUGUCCAAAUAUUUUGUAAAAUAAAGUUCAAUAUGGCUAGAAACAUCUUUAGUCAAACGAAAACAUCUCUCGAGAAACACUUGUUUUUGAAUACUUUGAAGAGGAAACGCGAACUCAGUGCGCAACGAUGUUACACAAAACAGACAGAAAAUAUCAUGAAUGUGUUUGAUAGAAAAGCCAAACGGCUACAACGAGAUAGAUCUACAAAGAUGCCAAAUUUUGAGGAUUCUCAGUUUAUAAAGGAAGAGAUUGGGUACAGAACAUAUGAUAGACUUCUAGACAUAAAAAGAGAAUUUGAUGUAGGGGUAGAUCUAGGAUCUGGUCUUGGCUAUGUUUCCCGUCACAUUCUAAAAGAUACCAUCAAAACUCUGUAUCAGUGUGAACUUUCAGAAAAAUUACUGAGAAAAGCACAGGUUUCACCAGAAGUUCCUACUCACAAAUUGAUUGUUGAUGAAGAAUACCUCCCAUUUAAAGAGAAUUCUCUGGAUGUAAUUGUUAGCAGUUUAAGCUUACACUGGGUCAAUGAUUUACCAGGCUGUUUCAAGGCUGCUCAGAAAGCUUUAAAACCAGACUGUCCAUUUAUUGGGAGUAUGUUUGGUGGUGACACACUAUUUGAACUCAGGGUUUCUCUACAGUUAGCUGAACAGGAAGUACAGGGGGGGAUUAGUCCACACAUUUCACCUUUCACUGAUGUACGUGAUCUUGGUAACCUACUGAACCGAGCAGGAUUCACCAUGUUAACUAUUGAUAUUGAUGAAAUAAAAACAACUUAUGAAAACAUGUUAUCCUUAAUGUUGGAUUUAAAAGGUAUGGCAGAAAAUAACUGUGUCUGGGAGAGGAGACCCAUGCUUCAUCGUAAAACAAUAGAAUUAGCUGAGAAAAAAUACAAAGAGAUGUACAACACAGAAGAAGGGCUGCAGGCAACCUUUCAGAUUGUUAAUUUCAUUGGUUGGUCCCCACAUCCUUCUCAGCCCAAACCAUUACAAAGAGGAUCAGCCAAGUUUUCUCUGAAGGACAUUGAUAAAAUUGAUGAGUUAAACAAAGAAGUCAAAUCCCUAACAGAGGAACUGGAUAAAGAGUUAAACCCAAAGAAUGAUAAAUAAUACAAUCAGAAUAUCAAACAAACAUUUAAGUGUUUAAUGCAAUGUGUAUUUAUUGAAUUUGACAU